UUCAGCGCCAUCUCCAGGACAAGCAUUCAACCAACAAAUAGAGAGUGAAUUACACUACAGUACUACUGUCAGUAGUAGGUCAUUUUGAUAUUCCUUGGUACAAACACUCCAGUCGCCCGACAGACGACACGACAGCAGAGCUGGUGCAGGGUGAAAAAUGCAGGAAUUGGACAUUGAGGCCUUGGGUGUCACUGAUCGAUGGAAUCUCAAGAGUGUGGAGGUUAUUUCCUCUUUACAGCACCACCUUGAACCAUAUGAGUCAUGGGUAGUGCAAGCAUCUGUAUUGGGUGACAAUCGAGAGGCAUUUACGUUUUUCUUCCCUCUUCUUGCCGGCCUCGGUAAUGAGUUAGGAGCACAAGCCCUCUGGGCAUCUCUAUUAGUAGAAUGGUCAAAUCUGCUUUUGAAAUGGAUAUUCAAAGGGGACCGCCCGUACUGGUGGAUAGGUGAGACGCCACUUUACAAUGAUGAAACUCAACCUCAGUUGCGACAAUUUCCUAACACAUGUGAGUCGGGGCCAGGCACGCCAUCAGGACACCUUAUGAUGAAUGUAGCGCUGUUUUAUGUGGCGUCCAAAGGCAUCACCAGACACUUCAUAUGGAAAUCCAAAGCUUUGAAUACCUGCCAGAAGGGUAUUUUGUCAGCCACGGUGUACUCAGUGUAUUUGAUGUGGAUUGGAGUAAUUUUUGUCUCCCGGCUCUACAUCCAAGCACACUUCAUCCAUCAGAACAUCUUAGGGAUAAUUGCUGGUAAGCCAGGACAUCCUACUUCCUAUCAUGAUGGGUUGGUACGCCUCAGUAAAGUGCAGGCAGUCAUUCUGGCGUGUUUCCUCUUUGGUACAGUUAUGUCAGCUUACUCACUGCUGAUCUGUUAUGGAAUGGAUCCUUUGUGGUCAUUGCCAUUGGCUCUUAAGCAUUGUACUCACCCAGAAUAUGUGAAGAUUGAUACACAGCCAUUCUAUAUAGUGAUGAGAUUCACAGGAGCAGCUUUGGGACUAGGUUUGGGCCUUUCAUCAGACCAGCGUUAUGUUGUCCUAAAUACUCCAAGAAAUUUUAUUCGCACAAUACUAACCAUAAAAGGAGGAAUUCUGAUUGGAAGAAUGGUGGCAAUGAUUCAGGCAAGUUUACCAACUAGUAGGUAUUGUUCCUGACUCUGACCCUGGGCAUCAACAUUCCCUUCAUCAUCAUCGCCCUGCUGCCUCAUUUUCUUCUCACUGUAUAUUACUCAAACUAGAAAUAUGUAUUAUAGGUCAAUACUGUACUGUACAUUAACUGUGAAAUACCAGUAAGUGUGAUAAUAACAAGUCGGUCCAGUAAAGAAUCUCCACCGGACUCAGUGAUGUGUUCAACUUGUGAUGGUAAAGAAUGUACAAACCUUAAGGAAUUGUAUAUACUACAGUAAUUAAAUUAUUUCAAUUUUCAA